AUGGUUGACUAUGGCAGCCUCACCGCGUGGGGAUGGGUUCCUUCCGAUCCUUGCUACGUCGCUGCCCUCCAUACCACUCCUCGAACUCCAUCUCCAAAACUACCUCAUGAUGAAUUUGAUGUUGAGAGCGAAUAUGAUCCAGCCUGUCGUUCGUUGCGCGAACAGUCUCAAAAGCUCAAAUGGUCCUUCAAGGAACAGUCGACUGAAUACGAUAUGCUCAAGUACGAGUUUCGUCGCGUCACAGUCAUCUACGACACGUACUUCCGCCGCGACUACAACACCGAAAGCACAAUUCUCGCUACUAAGGAUAUCUCAGAAGUUGACACGGAUACCCUUCGGAGUAUACAGGUGCGACUCGACCACAGUGAUCUUGACCAAAAGCAGUUCUUCGGCCGCUACGUUGAACGAGCCAAGGCUAUCUUCGAGCAGCUUGAAGUCCUUCACGAGGACAGCGACGUCUUACUUGACAAACUCCGCGUUCUUCACUACCCUGUUAAUGAAGUCCGCCACAUCGCGCGUCGCGACAAGUUGUUUCAUGCUCAGAAAAGUCUCGACUUCGUGAUCAAAGAACUUCAUGAGCAAGUCUCCGACUUCUUGUCUUCGAGACUGGCCCUUGGCUAUCGCCUGCUAUCCAACAUGGCGUCUUUUCCCCACAAUUCUCCGUCAGACUCUCCUCCAAGCCAGAAUGCCGAUCUAGACGAACCCAAUCAACCACUCGAAGCACCAGUGUUAGCCCCAAUGGUCUCGUCUGAUUGCGGUGUCCCUCUCCAAGAGAAUGAGACAACUGGAAAUUCAUAUGUCAGCGAACUGUUGCGAGCUAGCCUUUCACUUCAACUGCAGCUUACUGCAUCUAGAUUCCGAGUUAUUGACACGAGACUUGAAUCGAUCUCACUACACUUAAUGCGGUAUGAAUCGCAUGAUUCCCUGCUCUCGGACGCUGUUAAGACCUUUCGACAAGUGACGGGCGAACCAGAAGUAGUCAUUCGACCUGAUGAUGCGGAUAGCUUGAACGUGGUUCAAAAUCUUUCUGUAAUUUCAGAUGUCGCCAAGAAGGAUUUUGAUGUGGCCAUGUCGAAGUUCAAGGCAUGCUGUGAUGGUUUGGACAGAAUCGAGCAAGGAACAGCUGAUUUUCUCAACUCUUUUGAAACAACCGCGACCGUGCUCGCUGCAGAAGAUCUCAAAACACUGGAAACUCUGCGCAAUGUGCCUGGUGAGAUCCGUCUUCGCAGAGCAAAGAUUCUCACGGAGGUCAGGUCGUACUGGUAG